CCUCUCCUUCUCUCUCUCUCUCUCUCUCUCGCUCACUAGUUCCUCCUUAAACAAACGAGGCCUGUUCACACCAGCCACUCCAGGUCACCACCCAAAGUCCACGUAGGCAGGACCAGGAGAGGGGCAAGCUGGAGGGCUGCGCCGUUGUCAGAAUGACUUUUUGUCCCAGGGUGUGUUUUUGUUGUCGUUUGAAAGCCAGCUCGAUAGCUCCCGGUCCGGCAACCUGCUUGAUGACAUCAUGACUAAUGAGUAAGGCUUCCGACGCCGCCGAGCGAGAUUAUAGAGAACAUCUGGAGUCGCGUUUCAUGUCGAGAUGGGAUCAUGUCAGAGCAGCGUGUGUGUGUGAAUUGGCAAAAGUGCAAAGGUGAGAGUGCGAUGAGGAGAGCGUUCCCAGAGUGAGGAGGCCAUGGGCUGCACCUCGGCCAAGCAGGUGUCGGCCGUGCCCAACGAAGACGAGGGCCGUGGCAAGGCCUACAGCAACGGGGACCUCUUUGGCGAUGAGUACAAGAUGAAGGCGGUGGAGGAGGUGAAGUACAUGAGAGGGGAAGAAAACCGGGUAAAUGUACGCAACCAGGAGAACUUGGAGAGAAAUAACGUGCCGCAAAGGGGCAAGUUGCAGAAAGAGACGGCGGCAAAUAUUAAAUCAAACAUUCACACGUCAGACAGCCAGCAGGAAUUCUUCCGGAUGCUGGAUGAGAAGAUUGAGAAGGGGCGAGACUACUGCUCAGAGGAGGAGGAGGAAGAAGAGGAGGAGGCGACGACGACAUAGCACAGAGGCCCCCCAGCACCAGCCCCUCCCAGACAUCACACCAAUUGAAAGCCUCACAGUGUGUGAGUGUGUGAGGGCGUCCAAUCAGUGUUUUACCAGCGGGGGGUGUACGGGCUACGGCGACGUAAAAGUAUUUUAAGUGUCAAUGACAAAAAGAACAUUUUUCCACCCCGAGUGCACUGACGAGUGAAAAGGACAGAGCGAACAUUCCCAAAUGUGGCGGCCCGCAGAGGUGAAGAAGAGUUACGGAAUGGAACUUUAUUGAUGGACAAGCUGGACAGAAAGAUUUUGUGAUAUUUUAAUAAGAGGCAGGAGUCCGCUACCUUUUUUUUUUUUUUUUUCCACCCCCACCCUUUUUUUUUUGGAACACUUGUAAAUUAUCAACAUGGAGCAGGUUACUGCUGCCUCAUCCUCCCUCAACACACACAUACAAAGUUCAACAUUCAAGACACUCGCCGCCCCCCCCCCCCCCCCCCCCCCCCACACACACACACCUUUUUAGCGUCUACACACACUCAGGCACUGUAGCAACACAAAACUGAAGAGGGAGGAUGGGGAGAAUGAAUAGAAUGCGUGGUUGCUUUUUUCUUGUUUUGUUUACCGGAGAUACCCUUGUUAUAUUAUUUGUAUAUGUUUUUUCUAUUAAAAUAAAGAGGGCAAAGUUUUUA